GCAGCGGCGGCCGCAGCACCCGGGGCGGUAGCUGCAGUCCCGGCGGCGGGGAAGCGGCGGCGCGCACUCCACAGCGCAGCGCCGCUGCUCCACUCUGUCAUCUCCCGCAGCUACCGACACCCCUUCUCCCCGCCCGCUCUCUGGCGCAGAGGGGCUGACUGAAGCAACUCCUUAAAAAAAAAAAAAAAAAAAAAAAAAAAAAAAGCUGCAUUGGAGGAGCCUGGCCACAGGACCCCUCCUCCCUGGGCGCCCCCUCUCCCUCCCCCCUCCGGCUCCCGGGCGCCCGCCUCCCUCCUUCGCGGACUGUCUCCCGACACGCCGGCUGAGAGCCCUUUUUGACUGCUAGCGGCCGCAGCGGAGUAGAGGCGGCGGCGCGGGACCUGCAGUCGCCCAGGAUUCCCUCCAGGUGACGAUGCUCUGGUUCUCCGGCGUCAGGGCUCUGGCUGAGCGUCCCUGCCGGCGCUCGCCUGGGAUUACCUGCUGCGUCUUGCUGCUGCUCAAUUGCUCGGGGGUCCCCAUGUCUCUGGCUUCCUCCUUCUUGACAGGUUCUGUUGCAAAAUGUGAAAAUGAAGGCGAAGUUCUGCAGAUCCCAUUCAUUACAGACAACCCUUGCAUAAUGUGUGUCUGCUUGAACAAGGAAGUGACCUGUAAGAGAGAGAAGUGCCCAGUGCUGUCCCGAGACUGUGCCCUGGCCAUCAAGCAGAGGGGAGCCUGCUGUGAGCGGUGCAAAGGUUGCAGCUAUGAAGGAAACACCUAUAACAGCUCCAUCAAAUGGCAGAGUCCUGCUGAACCCUGUGCUCUGCGCCAGUGCCAGGAGGGCGUCAUCACAGAGUCUGCAGUGCGGUGUGUUGUGCAUUGUAAAGACUCUUCCAAGCAUCUGGGAGCAUGCUGCCCCACAUGUCCAGGCUGUGUGUUUGAGGGCAUGCAGUACCGAGAGGGGGAGGAAUUCCAGCCAGAAGGAGACAAAUGUACCAAGUGCUCGUGUAUCGAAGGCAGAACACAGUGCGUGAGAGAAGUCUGUCCCAUUCUCUCCUGUCCUCAGCACCUUAGUCACAUUCCCCCGGGACAGUGCUGCCCCAAAUGUUUGGGUCAGCGGAAAGUGUUUGAUCUCCCUUUUGGAAGCUGCCUCUUUCGCAGUGAUGUUUAUGACAAUGGAUCCUCAUUUCUCUAUGAUGACUGCACAGCAUGCACCUGCAGGUUUGCGUCUGGGCCCCAGGACUCGACUGUGAUAUGUAAGAAGAAGUGCUCCCCUCCGGGUGGCUGUGACGGGGGAGAUCCCUGCUGCGAGGAGUGUCUCCUACAGGUGCCCCCGGAAGACAUCGAAGUGUGCAAGUUUGGCAACAAGAUUUUCCGGGAUGGAGAGAUGUGGUCCUCAGUUAACUGCACCAUCUGUGCUUGUGUGAAAGGCAAGACGGAGUGUCGCAAGAAGCAGUGUGCGCCUGUCAGCAGCUGCCCUCAGGGUAAAAUUCUCAACAGAAAAGGAUGCUGUCCUAUUUGCACUGAAAAGCCCGGCGUUUGCACGGUAUUCGGAGAUCCCCACUACAACACUUUUGACGGACGGACAUUUAACUUUCAGGGAACGUGUCAGUACGUUUUGACAAAAGACUGCUCCUCCCCUGCCUCGCCCUUUCAGGUGCUGGUGAAGAACGACGCCCGCAGGACCCGCUCCUUCUCCUGGACCAAGUCCGUGGACCUGGUGAUGGGCAGAAGCACGGUCAGCCUCCAGCAGCACCUCACGGUGCGGUGGAACGGCACGCGCGUGGCGCUGCCCUGCCAGGCGCCGCAGUUUCACAUCGACCUGGACGGCUACCUCUUGAAAGUGACCACCAAAGCAGGUUUGGAAAUAUCUUGGGAUGGAGACAGUUUUGUAGAAGUCAUGGCUGCCCCCCAUCUCAAGGGCAAACUCUGUGGUCUCUGCGGCAACUACAAUGGGCAUAAGCGUGAUGACUUAAUUGGUGGAGAUGGAAACUUCAAGUUUGAUGUGCAUGACUUUGCUGAGUCCUGGAGGGUGGAAUCCAAUGAGUUCUGCAAUAGACCCCAGAGGAAACCAGUGCCUGAACUGUGUCAGGGGACAGUGAAGGUAAAGCUCCGAGCUCAUCGAGAAUGCCAGAAGCUCAAAUCCUGGGAGUUUCAGACCUGCCACUCGACUGUGGACUACGCCACUUUCUACCGGUCCUGCGUGACAGACAUGUGCGAGUGUCCAGUCCAUAAAAACUGUUACUGUGAAUCGUUCCUGGCAUAUACUCGGGCCUGCCAGAGAGAGGGCAUCAAAGUCCACUGGGAACCUCAGCAGAACUGUGCAGCCACCCAGUGUAAGCAUGGCGCUGUGUACGAUAACUGUGGCCCAGGAUGCGUCAAGACCUGUGACAACUGGAAUGAGAUCGGUCCCUGCAAUAAGCCAUGCGUCGCCGGUUGCCACUGUCCAGCAAACCUGGUCCUUCACAAGGGAAGGUGCAUCAAGCCGGUCCUUUGUCCUCAGCGGUGACCUUUCUUCCAGUUCUUAAGACUUGGACACCUGGUGUCCUUGACACUGAAGUGGAACAGCCAGUGAAGAACUGCAGUAUUCAUGUGCUAAUUCUGCCAAGUACACACACCCACACACAGAGUAUAUAUAUGUACAUAUAUAGAUAUAUAGAUGUAUACAAAAAGCAUUUCAUCAUUUAUAUGAACUCCAGGUGGAUAAUUGUAUGUAUAUUUUUUGCUAUAAAACAUGUAUUAUUUCUAAGAUCCUGAUCUGUAAGCCAUUGGAUAAACUGUAUAAAUAAACCAGGCAUUUUUAAUUUAAUAAGGUGUCAUGCAGACAUAUUGGAUGGCUUUAACAUCGCACACAUUUGUCAUUUUUAAGGAAGUUUUCUAAGAGCCAUAAAUUGCCUGCCUACAUUAGUUUGAGCUUUGAGUCAGGAUUUGCAGUUGAGUGGGAAAUGUGUUUCUCUGGAGGAGGGCAAAUUUACAUGGGGGCGUUUCAUAUUUCCAAAGAAAGGAACAUAUGCCUCAGAGAGAUGUCUGUUGAUUGGUGACAAGCCUUAAUGGUGCAUGUCAAGUGAGAGAUAGGCUGUUGGACUUUAUUGGGUCAUGGUCCGAUGUUAUUUCCAAAACUGGUUGGCUAAUUGCCAAGAAAUAUGUAUUUGUCACUAGGGCAUAACCAAAGAAUCAAAUAAUUUCUUGACGUCUUUACAUAUUCCUUGAGUUCCCUAAUUAUAUAUGUGUGUAUGAUGGAUGUGGUCACUUAUAUGUCACCCAUAGAGAUUAAUGGGUAUCUGGAUGACAUGUUAACUUCCUUGAACUCCAGCAGAUAUUUGGAGAAACUGUUGCACAACAUUUGAGGAAAUCUCUCCUUGGAAUCUCAAGAGCAAUUUAGGAUGAGUUGAGGAAAGCCACCUACAUUUUGUGGCUAUUCCAAGUAUAAAAUGAAAGUCCUUGGCCAUUUCUAGAAUAUUCUAAGUGCAGCACUAUUUUGCAAUUCCUGAUAGGUUAUAAUUAUUAGAAAGAAAGCUUUUAAUGAAUGGUUGAUUUACCAUCAGUCCAAAGAACAGUCCACACAUUGUCUAUAAUUCACUGAUAGGUUACUACUGGUCACCAUGUGAAUUUCCUGACUCUUGUUUUUCAUUGGAUAAGUGAAAACGUCAGCAAAAGCAAAACUGGCUGAUGUCCAAAAAAAUAAGAUGUCUUGCAAUGUAGUAAAUAAAGGGUUUAAGAUUUUAAAUGAUGCAUUUUCUUUUUCAAGAUGUUCUGUGAUAUACUUCAUAUAUAAGCUGUAUCAACUACAUGUUAAUCAGAUGAUGGAUAUGUUAUUUUUUUAAGUUUUAUUUAGAUAUAAUUUAUAUGCCCUAUCAUACUUUAUUGUUAUAAAGAUUAUUAAUAGCGUCAAACCCCAAAAUAUUUUGACAGUAAACAUAUUGCCACUGCUUAUC